CCUCUAAAUAUUUCUGGGCAGAGAAAUUUCUCCUACUCCAACCAACUCCUUUAUCUCCCUUCCAGGCAGCCUGUGAUGUGAAGGGCUUACAUGUGGAACAAAAUAAGGAAUGCUGCAAUAAAAAGAUGGCAAGAAAAAGGUUGAAGAAAUUUACUACUUUGGAAAUUGUGCUCAGCAUUCUUCUGGUUGUGGUGUUUAUCAUUGCUGUUGUUCUAAUUGUGCUUUUAGCCAAUUCCACGGAAUCAAUAGACCCUGGGACAACUGCAUCCCCAGAUCCGGAGACCACAGGUUCUGCUGAGUGCCCAGUAAUAAAUGAAUCAGAACGGAUAAACUGCAUUCCUGACCAGUCACCAACGAAGGAUACAUGUGACCAGCGUGGCUGCUGCUGGAAUCCUCAGGAAACCAUAGAUGUUCCUUCGUGCUACUAUUCCAAGAAUCAUGGCUACCAAAUGGAGGGUUCUUUUGUCUCCACAAGUGCAGGAUUCACAGCUCAGCUGAAAAGUCUGCCUUCUCCAUCUUUGUUUGGAAAUGAUGUUGAAAACGUCCUUCUUACGGCCGAAUACCAGACAUCUAACCGGUUCCACUUUAAGUUGACUGACCAAACCAAAGUCAGGUAUGAAGUGCCUCAUGAACACGUGCAGCCCUUCAAUGGAAACAUUGCUUCUUCUUUGAACUAUGAAGUUGAUGUCUCCAGACAGCCAUUUAGCAUCAAAGUGACCAGAAAAAGCAACAAUAAUGUUCUGUUUGACUCAAGCAUCGGGCCCCUCCUGUUUGCAGAUCAGUUCUUGCAGCUCUCUAUCCGUUUACCUAGUGCUAAUGUGUAUGGUCUGGGAGAACAUGUGCACCGACAGUACCGGCAUGACAUGAAUUGGAAGACAUGGCCCAUAUACAGGGACACGAUCCCUAAUGAAAAUGGAACUAACUUGUAUGGUGCUCAGACGUUCUUUCUGUGCCUUGAAGAUGCUAGUGGAUCAUCCUUUGGGGUGUUUCUUAUGAACAGCAAUGCUAUGGAGGUUGCUCUGCAGCCUGCCCCAGCUGUCACCUACCGCACCAUUGGGGGUAUUUUGGAUUUCUAUGUGUUCUUGGGAAACACACCUGAGGAAGUUGUACGAGAAUAUCUAGAGCUCAUUGGACGGCCAGUCUUGCCUUCAUACUGGGCCCUGGGAUUUCACCUCAGUCGGUAUGAUUAUGGAUCCCUCGAUAACAUGAGAGAGGUUGUGAACAGAAACCGUGCAGCACAACUCCCUUAUGAUGUUCAGCAUGGUGAUAUCGAUUAUAUGGAUGAGAGGAGGGAUUUCACCUAUGACCCAGUGAAUUUUGAGGGCCUCCCUGAGUUUGUGGAGGAGUUACAUACAAAUGAACAGAAAUUUGUCAUCAUUGUGGAUCCAGCCAUCUCCAACAACUCUUCCUCAAGUAAUCCCUAUAGUCCAUAUGAUAGGGGGUCAGCUCUGAAGAUAUGGGUGAAUGGUUCAGAUGGAGUGAAUCCACUAAUUGGGGAGGUCUGGCCUGGAGUAACUGUUUUCCCUGAUUACACCAAUCCUAACUGUGCUAUUUGGUGGACGAAAGAAUUCGAGAUUUUCUACAGUCAAGUAGCGUAUGAUGGAAUUUGGAUCGAUAUGAAUGAAGUUGCAAACUUUGUUGAUGGCUCAAUUUCAGGAUGUUCCACAAGCAACCUCAAUUAUCCUCCAUUCACUCCCAGUGUCCUGGAUGGAUUCCUGUUCUCCAAGACUCUCUGCAUGGAUGCAGUGCAGCACUGGGGCAAGCAGUAUGAUGUCCACAAUCUGUAUGGCUACUCCAUGGCGAUUUCCACAGCAGAAGCUAUCAAAACUGUGUUCCCUAAUAUGAGAAGCUUCAUCCUAACACGUUCUACCUUUGCGGGAUCUGGCAAGUUUGCAGCCCAUUGGUUAGGAGACAAUACAGCCACCUGGAACGACCUUCAUUGGUCCAUCCCUGGCAUGCUUGAGUUCAACCUUUUUGGUAUCCCUAUGGUGGGUGCAGACAUAUGUGGCUUUACACUGAACACCUCUGAAGAGCUCUGCAGGCGGUGGAUGCAGCUGGGAGCAUUUUAUCCAUUUUCCAGGAAUCAUAAUGGCCAAGGCUACCAGGACCAGGAUCCUGCCUCGUUUGGAGCUGACUCCUUACUGCUGAAUUCCUCCAGGCACUACCUUAACAUCCGCUAUACUUUACUGCCUUACCUCUACACUCUCUUCUACCGUGCUCACAGUCGGGGGGACACAGUGGCCAGGCCCCUUCUGCAUGAAUUCUAUGAGGACAGCAACACUUGGGAUAUAGACCGACAGUUUUUAUGGGGGCCAGGCCUCCUCAUCACUCCUGUUCUGGAUGAGGGUACAGAGGAAGUGAUAGCAUAUGUGCCUGAUGCUGUCUGGUACGACUAUGAGACUGGAGGUCAAUUGAAAUGGAAGAAGCAAAAAGUUAAGAUGGAACUUCCUGGAGAUAAAAUCGGGCUUCAUCUUCGUGGCGGCUACAUCUUCCCCACACAACAGCCAAACACAACUACUGUAGCAAGCCGACAGAACCCUCUUGGUCUUAUCAUUGCCCUGGAUGAGAAGAAAGAAGCAAAAGGUGAACUUUUCUGGGAUGACGGGCAAACAGAGGAUACUAUGACAAAAAACAUUUAUAUUUUCUGUGAGUUUUCUGUCAGCCAAAACCACUUGGAUGUGAAUAUUUCACAUUCAGCCUACAAGGACCCCAAUAAUUUAGCAUUUCAGGAGAUUAAAAUCUUUGGAACAGAGGCACUUAACAGUAUUACAGUCAAGCAGAAUGGUGUCCUGAGUCAAAUGUCUCCUAAAGUGACUUAUGAUCCUAACCUGAGGGUUGCAGUUAUCACAGAAAUUAGUCUCACCCUGGGAGAAGCAUACACGGUGGAGUGGGACACCAACAUACGGGAUGAGGAGAAAAUAGACUGCUAUCCAGAUGACCAUGGUGUUUCUGAAGCCAACUGCACAGCCCGUGGCUGUGUCUGGGAGAUACCCAGUUCUCUUGGAGCUCCUUAUUGCUACUUUGUCACUGAUAUGUAUUCUGUCAGCAACAUUCAGUAUAACUCAGAUUGGGCCAUGGCUGACAUCUCUUUGGAGUCUCCUUACAUCAAUGCCUUCCCCUCCACUCCUGUGAACCUCCUGCGUCUGCUUGUUACCUACCACAGCAAUGAGAUGCUGCAGUUCAAGAUUUAUGAUCCCAACAACAGCCGAUAUGAAGUCCCAGUCCCUGUGAACAUCCCCAACAUUCCAUCUGGCACCUCUGAGACUCGACUCUAUGAUGUCCUCAUUAAAGAGAAUCCAUUUGGGAUUGAAAUUCGCCGGAAAAGUACAGGCACUGUCAUCUGGGACUCUCAGCUCCUUGGCUUCACCUUCAAUGACAUGUUCAUCCGCAUCUCCACUCGCCUUCCCUCCAAGUACCUCUAUGGCUUUGGGGAAACUGAGCACAGCUCCUUUAGGAGAGACUUGAACUGGCACACCUGGGGCAUGUUUUCCAGAGAUCAACCCCCGGGGUACAAGAAGAAUUCCUAUGGUGUUCACCCCUACUACAUGGGACUAGAGGAAGAUGGCAGUGCCCAUGGAGUCCUCCUGCUGAACAGCAAUGCUAUGGAUGUGACAUUCCAGCCCAUGCCUGCCCUGACAUACCGUACCACAGGGGGAAUUCUGGACUUUUAUGUGUUCUUGGGGCCAACUCCAGAGACUGUCACUCAGCAGUACACUGAGUUGAUUGGUCGUCCUGUGAUGGUACCUUACUGGUCCCUGGGGUUCCAGCUGUGUCGCUAUGGAUAUGAGAACGACUCUGAGAUCUCCAGCUUGUACGAUGACAUGGUGGCUGCCCAGAUCCCCUAUGAUGUGCAGUACUCAGACAUCGACUACAUGGAGCGGCAGCUGGACUUCACCCUCAGCCCCAAGUUUUCUGGAUUGCCAGAUCUGAUCAAUCGCAUGAAAGACAGAGGGAUGCGGGUCAUCCUCAUUCUGGAUCCAGCCAUUUCUGGUAAUGAGACAGAGCCGUAUCCUGCCUUCACUGAGGGAGUGCAAGAUGAUGUCUUCAUUAAGUAUCCAGAUGAUGGAGGAAUUGUCUGGGGAAAGGUCUGGCCUGAUUUCCCUGAUGUUGUUGUGAACAACUCUCUAGACUGGGACAGUCAAGUGGAGCAAUACCGAGCUUAUGCGGCCUUCCCGGACUUUUUCCGUAAUUCAGCUGUCCAGUGGUGGAAGAGGGAAAUUGGAAAAAUGUAUAAUAAUACAGAAAGUCCAGAGAAGAGCUUGAAGUUUGAUGGCAUGUGGAUCGAUAUGAAUGAGCCUUCAAGCUUUGUGAAUGGGGCCGUUCCUGCAGGCUGCAGGAAUGCUACUCUGAACCAUCCUCCCUACAUGCCGCAUGUGGAGGACAGGGGUGUGGGCCUCAGCAGCAAGACCCUGUGCAUGGAGAGUGAGCAGAUCCUGCCGGAUGGUUCGCGGGUGCGGCACUAUGAUGUGCACAGCCUGUACGGGUGGUCCCAGACCAGACCCACCUAUGAAGCUGUGCAGGAGGUGACAGGAGAGCGAGGGAUCAUCAUCACCCGCUCCACAUUCCCUUCUUCUGGCCGCUGGGCAGGACACUGGCUGGGAGACAACACAGCUGCUUGGGAUCAGCUGAAGAAAUCUAUCAUUGGCAUGAUGGAGUUCAGUCUGUUUGGCAUCUCCUAUACAGGGGCAGAUAUUUGUGGGUUCUUUGAAGAUGCUGAAUAUGAGAUGUGUGCUCGCUGGAUGCAGCUGGGAGCCUUUUACCCCUUUUCCAGGAACCACAAUGGCGAGGGGAACAGGAGACAAGACCCUGUAUCCUGGGAUGAUGCUUUUGUGAAUAUUUCCAAAAAUGUGAUUCAGACCAGAUACACCCUGUUGCCCUAUCUCUACACUUUGAUGUACAAGGCCAACACAGAGGGCAUCACUGUUGUGAGGCCACUACUCCACGAGUUUGUGUCUGACAGGGAAACCUGGGAUAUAGAUAAUCAGUUCCUGCUGGGUCCAGCUUUUCUGGUCAGCCCUGUCCUGGAGUCUAAUGCCACGAAUGUCACUGCAUAUUUCCCUGGUGCACAGUGGUAUGACUACUACACGGGUGUGGAUAUUAAGGCCAGGGGACAGUGGAAGGUGUUGCCAGCGCCUCUUGAGCACAUUAACCUUCAUGUCCGUGGGGGGUACAUUCUGCCCUUGCAGCAGCCUGCACAGAACACCUACUAUAGCCGGAAGAACCCUCUUGGUCUUAUCAUUGCCCUGGAUGAGAACAAUGAAGCCAAAGGAGAGCUUUUCUGGGAUGAUGGGCAAUCCAUAGAUACUGUGGCCAAGGAUGAUUAUAUUUUUUGUGAGUUUUCUGCCAACCAAAGUCACUUGGAUGUGAUGGUUUUAAAAUCAAACUACAAGGACCUCACUGAUUUAGCAUUUCAGGAGAUUAAAGUCUUUGGGACACGGGCACUUCACAAUGUGAUAGUGAAAUACAAUGGUGUCCUGAAUCAAAUGUCUCCUAAAGUGACUUAUGAUCCUAACCUGAGGGUUGCAGUCAUCACAGAAAUUAGUCUCACCCUGGGAGAAGCAUACACGGUGGAGUGGGACACCAACAUACGGGAUGAGGAGAAAAUAGACUGCUAUCCAGAUGACCAUGGUGUUUCUGAAGCCAACUGCAUGGCCCGUGGCUGUGUCUGGGAGGAAUCCAGUUCUAUUGGAGUUCCUUAUUGCUACUUUGUCACUGAUAUGUAUUCUGUCAGCAACAUUCAGUAUAACUCAGAUUGGGCCAUGGCUGACAUCUCUUUGGAGUCUCCUUACAUCAGUGCCUUCCCCUCCACUCCUGUGAACCCCCUGCGCCUGCUUGUGACCUACCACAGCAAUGAGAUGCUGCAGUUCAAGGUAAAUAUCUGGGACUCUCAGCUCCUUGGCUUCACCUUCAAUGACAUGUUCAUCCGCAUCUCCACUCGCCUUCCCUCAAAAGAGGAGAAGCACAGUCAUGUUACUGGUGUUCGGGGUGAGGCUACGUUUAUAGUGAUGGUGGUGGUGAUGGGGAUGGUGGUGAUCGGGGUGGUAGUGCUGACAGCUUUGGUGGUAGUAUUGGAAGUUUUUCGUGAUGGUGGUGAUGGUGAUGGGAGAGAUGUGGGGAGUGAUGGUAACAUUGGUGGUUAUUUGUUGAUUGGUCGUCCUGUGAUGGUACCUUACUGGUCCCUGGGGUUCCAGCUGUGUCGCUAUGGAUAUGAGAAGACUCUGAGAUCUCCAGCUUGUACGAUGACAUGGUGGCUGCCCAGAUCCCUAUAUACAUCCCGAAUACAGUUUGUGGACUUGGAGCAUAGUAUUAGUUCAGUCCUGAGCUACCCACAGGCUGAAUCUGGAUGGACUUCUAGAGGAAGCAUUUCUGGAAACAAAACUUUAUCCUUCAUCAUUAAUUAG